AUGUCACAAUACGGCUUGACGCCAGAGUCGGGCCAGUAUAUUACAGCUAUUGAUCAGGACGAGGUACCUCGUCUAUGUAAUAUCAUCCACGCCGGGAAUCUCUUUGAACUCGAGACAAUGCCCCGCUACCAAGAUAUAGAUCCAAGAGCCUUUGAAUGGAGGGAACCGCCAGCGUGCAUUCUGUUUAUCUCUCAUCGAUGGGAAACCCCGACGCAUCCAGACGCAGACGGCAAGCAACUGAAAGCUAUCAUAUUUCUGAUGCAAGCUAUUGUAAAACUAGCCUCAGUUUGCAAGCUGCCCCUGGAACAAAGAACGGCAGUUGUUAAGACAUUGAAGGUUCAUGGAUACCUUCAAGCUGCGAACAUUGUCAGGAGAGUUGCAGAUAACACCGGCGGAGUGAACCGAUCAAUCUUGGACAAGAUUGGUGUCUGGCUAGACUACAUGUGGAUUGAUGAUCGAACACCUGCCAACAAGUUGCUCUUUAAAGAAGGACUCCGACGGCUUCCCUCACUUGUCGCAUCCUGCGACUUCAUUCUCAGCAUCAGAAGCCGGGGAGACGAUUAUAUUCAACGAGCGUGGUGUAUAUCCGAACUCUGCUUCAUGAACUGGAAGUGCCACAAGAAUUCCAUUGUCCUGAGACAAGACCUACUCAACGAACCAAUCGACGCCCGAAUCCUCAACUCCGAGAGCUCCAAGCCAAAUUAUCUGUUGAGCUACCGGAGUAUGAUCGAAACCUGGGAAAACGAAUCCAGGUUUACCUGGAACCCCAAUAUGUCCUUCUACUACGCCGAAAUAAGAGUCCCUGAAUGGGACAGUGUCAGCAAAUUCCGCGACUCAAUUGAACAAGGUUCAACACCUGCCCCAAGUGACUGGCCAACUCCCUUCUUGACGACCCCCCUUGCACCACAAUUCUGGCCCCACCACGCCGAUUUUCUGAUGGAAAUCCGAUUCGGUCUUGUUGAAGCCCCUUCACGGAAUGUGGAUCUGUUCAUCACUAUGAUCAUGCAGCGCUGCGGGCUGUCUUGCCGCAACAUAGAAGACUACACCCGCUGUGGCCUCCACAUUUUCCUCGCCCGCAUGACGGGGCAUAAAGGCUGGACGAGCUUCUCUAACGACUGCCUCCAUCGAUUGGCCGAUGGGAAGCCCCUCAUCCUUGCAGGUGUUCUUGUCCUGCACAAGGACAGGAACGGAGUCGACCUUUUAAGUCCAUUGACAUAUCAAUGGGAGACCGAUGAAGGAGUUCUAAAUCUCCACGCCCAAGCGACAGAGAUAUGUAAGAACUACUUUCAGAUCCAUCUUGAUCGAUGUGAGAUCCACAAGCAAACAAGCGUCCUGCUUAACGCCAUGAUUUCUCACCUUGUCGCCGUGGCUAGAGAGUCGAAUAAGCUACUACGCCCAAGGGUCUGGUCUCUCACAGUCCUGAUCGGGGACGCCAUGAAUGAGGCGAACAUAGCUUCCCAGCAAGAGGAGGAGGAGGUGGUGGGUAGUUUGAGUUCCGUCGGAUUUCAUUAG